ACCAGGUGACAGCUGAUCCUGACUGCUCAUCCAGACCACAGCACGCAGCACAAGUUUUAAUAGACGGGAACAGUACCGCACGCUGUCCUCGUCUAACUCUGGCAUACACACUUACUUCACUACCUUAGUUUAUUAGAUAGCUCUUCAUUCCGUGUCGUCGACCCCGUUACCCGGCCCGGUGCCCCCCCCCGGCUUGUUCAUCCUGGUUGACUCCUAAAAUCGCUGCAAAGAUAUCGUUAGCUUCUAGCGUUAUACCCAUCAGCCGAAUAACGAGAGAUAUUAAAAUCGUCAGCAUGUCCGAUUCCACAGUGGACGCGAAGUUGGAGUUGAAACAGGCCAGCAAAGAUGUGAAGGAGAGCGAAAACGUGGCGGAGAAAUAUUCAGCCAUGACCGUCAGCAAGAACAGCGAGCUGACCAUGGGCGAGCUGUCCUCCGUGCUGAGCGCUGUCCCGACCCACAAGCCUGUGAAGAAGCAAAUCCAGUUUGUGGAGGACAAGCAGGAGUUCAGCAAGUUCCCCACCAAGACAGGACGUCGCUCGCUGUCUCGCUCCAUCUCCCAGUCCUCCACCGACAGCUACAGCUCUGCUGCCUCCUACACAGACAGCUCAGACGAUGAGACGUCCCCGCGGGACAAGACGCAGGUCAACUCCCGGGGCAGCACCGACUUCUGCGUCAAGAACAUCAAACAAGCAGAGUUCGGCCGCCGGGAGAUCGAGAUCGCUGUACAAGAUAUGUCAGCACUUAUAUCUCUCAGGAAGAGGGCACAGGGUGAGAAACCGCUUGCAGGUGCCAAAAUCGUUGGGUGCACCCACAUCACUGCCCAGACUGCAGUUCUGAUCGAGACUCUGGUAUCCCUGGGUGCACAAUGCCGCUGGACGGCGUGUAACAUAUAUUCCACCCAGAACGAGGUGGCUGCUGCCCUCUCAGAGAGGGGUGUGCCAGUCUUUGCCUGGAAGGGAGAGUCUGAAGAUGACUUCUGGUGGUGCAUUGACCAGUGUGUCAACACAGAGGGAUGGCAGCCAAACAUGAUACUAGAUGAUGGAGGGGAUUUGACCCACUGGGUGUAUAAGAAAUACCCCAACGUGUUCAAGAAGAUUAGGGGCAUUGUAGAGGAGAGUGUCACCGGAGUUCACAGGUUGUACCAGUUGUCUAAAGCAGGAAAGCUGUGUGUGCCGGCGAUGAACGUCAACGAUUCUGUAACAAAGCAGAAGUUUGACAACCUCUACUGCUGCCGGGAAUCCAUCCUGGAUGGGCUGAAGAGAACCACGGAUGUCAUGUUCGGAGGAAAGCAGGUCGUUGUUUGUGGUUACGGAGAGGUGGGGAAGGGUUGCUGUGCAGCGCUCAAGGCUCUGGGCAGCGUGGUCUGCAUUACGGAGAUCGAUCCCAUCUGUGCCCUGCAGGGCUGCAUGGACGGCUUCAGGGUGGUGAAGCUGAGCGAGGUGGUCCGCCACGUGGACGUCAUCAUCACGUGCACCGGGAAUAAAAAUGUGGUGACCAGAGAGCAGCUGGACCGAAUGAAGAACGGCUGUAUCGUCUGCAACAUGGGCCACUCCAAUACGGAGAUUGACGUGGCGAGCAUGCGGACCCCUGAGCUGACCUGGGAGAGGGUCCGCUCCCAGGUGGACCAUGUGAUCUGGCCUGAUGGCAAGAGAGUCAUCCUCCUGGCUGAGGGACGUCUGCUCAACCUCAGCUGUUCAACCGUACCCACCUUUGUGCUGUCCAUCACAGCCACUACCCAGGCGCUGGCGCUCAUCGAGUUGUAUAACGCACCUGAGAGCCGAUACAAACAGGACGUGUACUUACUCCCCAAAAAGAUGGAUGAAUAUGUUGCUAGCUUGCACCUGGCAACUUUUGACGCCCACUUGACCGAGCUCUCGGAUGAACAGGCGAAGUACUUGGGCCUUAACAAGAACGGCCCCUUCAAGCCAAACUACUACAGGUAUUAGCUGUUGUGGAUAAAUCACAUCUCAGCCGAUUCCACUUGGACAAUGCUUAAAUGAACCCUGAACAGAAAAACAUCCUUGACAUAGAACUUUAGUUCUGUGUCGUUUUCAUACAAGGGCUGGGCGAUGAUGCAAUAUCAUUGUUAAUUCAUCCAGGUAAUAUUUUCAUGCACAAUUUGUUAUAUUAUUCUAAAUGUGAAUAUUAUAAGGAUUACGUACCCUGAAUAUCAUCGUUACAUGAUUAUAUGAUAUUUCAAAUAUUUCUUUGAAGGAAAUAUAUCAACUUACCCUAAAAUUACAUAUAUUACAUGUAUAUGUAACAAAACCUAAAUUUCAGUCUUGACUGUAGGUCAAAAAUGACUACUAAAAAACGUUUGCGAUGAUAUGUCGAUAAGGCGUCCGUGUAUACCCAACUUUGUAAUAUCACCCAGCCCCACACCAAACUAUUCCAUGGAGAAUCAUCUCUAUUGUGGUUUUGGCCAUCUCCAUUUUUGCGUAGAGUUCUAAAUAUAUUGUGCCAAAUGUGUGUGUGGGGGGGGGGCGAUGGUUGCAAAAGCCAGUGGGUACAAACAAGCUCACACUUGAAACACAUUCCGUUAUGAAGGAUGCCGUCUUUAAUGAAACUAUGAUCGUUUCUUCAAAUCUUAUUGUAGAAAAGAGCAAUCAACAUACUUCUGAUGUUUUAAAAUGCCUCACGAGAUAAAGGAUUACCUGCAUCCCGGCACAUUCAGCUAUCUAAAAGGAUGUAUUAAUAUAUUUUGAUCACAUCUUUCCUAUUUUCUGUAUAUUCUGUAGUCAUUUUACUUACACACUUAUCUAUUAAUUACAAUAUUUAAAGGUUUUGUCCAAAAAAAUGGACUAUGGACUUUAUAGAAAGCAUCCAUAAGGGAACACAUGCACACAAUAUAGACGCGUCAGCUAACCUAGCUGAUUAUUUUACCAUGAACAAGAUUACACUCUUAGACAGAACAUUACACUUGCUGUAUUUAGUCAUAGGAGGCUGUUAUGAAUGACCAUUUACAUAUUAGAUUUCAUUUAAAGUUCAAAUAUUAUAAGCAUAGUAAUUAAAGUGUAUUUUCUAGAAUUAUAUUUGGUUGAUGGACAGAUUGAAUUGUAUUGGCUUGCUUUUGUGUCAUCAGUUUCACAGCUUUUUAAUGGCAUUAUUAGUUUUUACAGCGUUUAUUUUAAUCUGCUCAUUUGAUGAUUUCGAGAUGCUUUUGAAACUUAAUAACGUGUCUACUUGACACCUGGUCUAUUUUAACUAUCCAAUAAUUGUAUUUUUGGAGAUGUAUUACUUCACAUGUGUUAUGUUGACUGAAUGUUAAGCCCAUUCACAUGUCAUCUAUGCCCUGUUCCAACCUGGUGAACAUUAAACUGUCAACCUGGUAUUCAGUUGCAAAACGCCUAACAGAAAAAGAGAUUAAACAUAACCAAUAUGCACUCAAUCUGCUGUAGUUGCAAAAUAAAUUGAGCGGAGACAGCAGUUUUUAAAAGCCGAAUGCAACUAGAAUCUAGACUGAUGUCCUUGUUGUGCGAUGUGGGUGAAGAAUUGGUGUGCUUUUCUCCUAUAGGUCACCUAUUUGUAGUGCUUGCGUGUUACUUUCCUGCUUACACUUAAAGUCCUAGGGCGUUACAGCCACGAACAGGCGCGUGCAAACUAUGAUGGCAGUGAAAUAAGGUGGUUGGCAUGGUAACUGGUGAGGUGACAGAAGAAGUGCCUUCUGACUCACUCACCAUUACUCAUUCAUCAUGUUCCAUCGUGUCCUUAAUAGAAGAAAGCCUCCCUAGUUGCAAUUCUCUAAUUCAGUAUUGGCUGUGCGGCAUUGUGUAAAAACUGUUAUGUCAUCGAAGAUGUUUUAGUUUUUAGAGCUGGAACUGUUUUAGUUUUCUACUUGAGUGAAUGUAUACAUUACUAGGAAUACAAUUUGUACACAUUUUAGAUAUAUUUACAAAUGUUCAUACAUCUUAUUCUUCAUGUUAUUUUAAAGUAUAAAAGCCCCUGGUUUCAAGUGUUUUUCUUUUUUGUUCACAUUUGAUUGUGUACAUCUCCAUUCAUAUGUUAUACUAAGGUUGCAGCGGUAUUUAAAUAAUGUAUCACUUUGUAUGCUGAUAAAUGUGGGUGCACUUAUACAGAUACUUUCAAUACAGAUACUUUCAAUGCAAUUCAGUGUUUGAUCUGUAUUACAAACAAGCCAUUGUUUAUAUGUCAAUGAUUCAUGUACUUUUCUCUUUAAUCCUGCCAUUUGAUGUACACGUAUCCCUUUAAUAAACCACUAGACGCAAUUUGACUCAUGGUAAUCGGA